AUGUCAUUCACCCUCCACCCACCCCCAGACUCUCUCCUCGCCCGGCACCGCCAACUCUCCCCCUCAGCCGCCAUCCGGGUCUCCCCCCUCUGCCUGGGCGCCAUGACCUUCGGCACAGCCCACAGCGAGCGCUACGGCCACUGCACGAAGGACGACGCCUUCGCCGUGCUCGACACCUUCUACAAGAACGGCGGGAACUUCAUCGACACCGCCAACGCCUACCGCGAAGGCCAGUCGGAAGAAUGGCUCGGCGAGUGGAUGGAAGCCCGUCAGAACAGAGACGAGAUCGUCCUGGCGACGAAGUACACGACGCCGUGGCAGACACAUCGCAAGUCAAAACUGCAGUCUAACUUCGGCGGGAAUAACGUCAAGAGCAUGAGACUUGCCCUCGAUGCGUCGCUGCAGCGACUCAAGACAGCCUAUGUUGAUCUGUACUAUGUCCACUGGUGGGAUUACAGCACCAGUAUCCCCGAGCUCAUGCACGCGCUUAACGACCUCGUUGUUGCCGGGAAGGUGCUGUACCUCGGUAUCUCGGAUACGCCGGCGUGGGUGGUGUCCAAGGCGAACGAGUACGCAAGGCAGAAAGGGCUGCGGCAGUUCGUGGUGUACCAGGGGAUGUGGAACGCGACGAUGCGGGACUUCGAGCGGGAUAUCCUGCCUAUGUGUCGCGAUGAGGGGAUGGGGUUAUGUCCGUAUGGUGUUCUCAACCAAGGCCGGUUCCAGACGGAAGAAGGAUUCAAGGCGCGCGAGAAGCAACAUGACGGACGGAACUUCAUCCCCACGAGCCAGCGCGACAAGGAUGUCUCGGCUGUUCUUGAGAGAAUCGCGAAGAAGAAGGACGUUGAGCUCCUUCAUGUUGCGCUCGCGUAUGUCAUGGACAAGGCGCCGUAUGUGUUUCCGAUUGUUGGGGCGCGGAAAGUCUCGCAUAUCGAGGGGAGUAUUGCGGGCAUUGGGGUUACGUUGACCGAGGAGGAGAUUGCGCAGAUUGAGGACGCCUACGAGUUUGACUUUGGGUUUCCUCAUAGCUUCCUUAGUGGGACGUUGUUUACCCAGGAGAAGUCGAGGGGCGCGGAUGGGCCGGGGGAUUGCUGGAUGGUCAAGCAGCUGGGGAGCUUUGACUGGGUUGAGAGGCCAAAGGCCAUUCGGCCGGGAAAGUAG